CGCUUUCAGAAAAAAGCCAGUCCUUACGGUCUCCAGUUUCGGAUCUCUGGACCCUCUCUGCGGGCACCUAGCGUAUUUGCAGGUGACUACACAUGGCAGCCCCCCUUGCACCACAACCACCAGAUCCCCAGUUUGUCCUCCGAGGUACACAGUCAGCAGUGAAUGCUGUCCAUUUCUUUGGAGGAACCCAGGCUCAGGGGUGCCCUCUCCUCUUUUCAGGGUCUCAGAGUGGCUUGGUACACAUCUGGAGCCUGCAGACACGGAGAACAGUUGCCACCCUGGAUGGCCAUGGGGGCCAGAGUGUGACCUGGCUGCAGACACUGCCCCAGGGGCCACAGCUCCUCAGUCAGGGCCGGGAUCUGCAGCUGUGCCUAUGGGACCUGGCAGAGGGCAGGAACACCAUCAUGGACUCUGUGCACCUGGAAAGUGUGGGCUUCUGCAGGAGCUCCAUCCUGGCUGAGGGGCAGUUGCACUGGAUGCUUGCUGUGCCAGGGAAGGACAGUGAUGAGGUUCAGAUUCUGGAGAUGCCAUCCAAGACGUCAGUGUGCACCCUGAAGCCGGAGGCAGAUGCCAAGCCAGGCAUGCCCAUGUGCCUGAGGCUGUGGCAGGCUAACCCUGGCCCCCGCCCUCUCCUUCUGGUCGGCUAUGAGGACGGAUCAGUGGCCCUGUGGGACAUCUCAGAGCGGAAGGUGUGCAGCCGCAUUGCCUGCCAUGGGGAGCCAGUCAUGGGCCUUGACUUCGACUCCCAGAAGACCAGAGGCAUCUCAGGCUCUGCAGGAAAGGCGCUGGCUGUCUGGAGCCUGGAUGGGCAGCAGGCCCUACAGGUGUGCCACACUCAUGAACUCACCAAUCCUGGGAUUGCUGAUGUCAUGAUCCGGCCAGAUCGCAAGAUCCUGGCUACUGCAGGUUGGGACCAUCGCAUCCGCAUAUUUCACUGGAGAACAAUGAAACCACUGGCUGUGUUGGCCUUCCACAGUGCUUCUGUCCACUGUGUGGCCUUUGCUGCUGAUGGCUUAUUGGCUGCGGGAUCCAAGGACCAGCGCAUCAGCAUUUGGUCACUGUACCAACGCACAUGACCUGGGCACUCCCUUCUUGAAAUACUCAAAAGACCGAAGGUGGACCUCUCACUCCAGCCUUGACCCAGUCAUGUGAAAACUGAUGCUCAAAGGCCUUUGAGGAUCAUCAGCUAUCCAAAGAGCAUGGAGUUCUCACUGUCUUUAUGAGGCUUGCUAUUUCUUUCAUGAACCACAUUGUCCAUAUGACGAUAUCUCUGGUGACCUCCCAAAUACCUGGCACCUGUGGCCUGAUGAUAGGCAUGGUUCUUGCUGAUGCCAAAUGGCAAAUAGCCCUGUCCAACAGCUUUGUCCUCACUGAAACAAAGCCAUGAACACAGUGCCUAAUGGCCCAUUCUU